AAAUUCUCAGCUUCCACCCCAGACCUGCUGAAAUAGAAACUCUGUGGGUGGGGCACAGUAAUACAUGGUUUUAAAACCACUACUCUACUAACAUUUUCUUGAAUAUUAUCAAUUGUUGCUAGCUUUUAGUUGAUUCCUAUAAUACAUUUUAUGUGUCAGUGAGUAGGUCGGUAUUAACGGAGGACUGUUGAGGAAACAUAAAGAAAUCCUGCAUUUUAAAGGCAUUUCUUAGAGUUAAAUUACAUGUGUUAUUAGUGUCUAUUGCUUUUGUUCAGAUUAAGCUCUGAAACAAAAUUAAGAUUCUCGUCAGGCCUUGAGCUUAUUAAUAGCUGUUUAGUACUAGUGUAAAAUGUCUGAUAUCUAUAGAGCAAGUGCUUCAGAAAACACACACUUCUUAAGUGCUCCACUAGGGAAGCAUCGUGAAAUCCACAGGAUGCUAAGAUUUAACAAAUGUCGUUUUGUUGCACUCUUCUCAGUGUAAUAAGUGUGGUAGUUAAGAACGUUGGACUCCACAGUCUAAGGGAGCUUCCAGUGGUCAGAUUUCAGGCCAUGUGGACAUUAAAAAGAAUGAAUGAAGUUGAAUAAAGCAUGGCGCAAAUAAAAAUCCAUGAAUCCAUAGUGACGAGAGAUAGACACAGAGAGAGAGAGAGAAACUCUUGGCACUGUUGGGAAUGAUUAUUAUGCCAAUUCCUCAUUCUAAAAAUUGUAGAUAAAGGAAAAGAAUUAAGUAUUUGCCCUGCCUUUUAAUGAGAAACUGUAGUUCUUCUAUGAGGGAAAGCUCUACUUUACAAAAGGAUACUAGCAAAUAAAAUAUAGCAGGAAACAUAGAAUAUCAGCAUUUUCAACCUACAGUGAGAUAUUUGAUUCAAAAAAGAGCCAUCAAUGGAAGGCAAAACCAUUACGUUAAAAGGAUGUGGAGGAACAGAAUAAUCUUAUGGAGAACACUCCACAAAUCACUUGCAAAGGGGAAAGUGUACAUUUACAGUGGUGGUCACCACCUUUACUAAGUGGUCAAACUUGGCAUCACCAAUGGUGGGAUAGCCUGACUGCGUGAGCCUCUUGAUGUUAUGUAAAAUGAAGUACACAGCAUCACCAAGGAGUAGUUUUACCAUAAAUGUUUAACCUGAGUCUAAUCAGGUUUAUAGAAAACACAGGGGAUAGAGAGAGAAAUUAUUUCACACUAGGGGGGGAAACAGAUCCAAAAUGUGGGACAUUCUCAAGAUAACUGGUGUAUCAUCUCUUCGAAAAGGCGGUGUCAUGAAAAUUAAUUGCUGGUGGGCAUUAUUCUGGAUUCCAAGAGACUGAAGAAACAUGACCAAAUGCAAUGCAUAAGUCUUGAUUGGAUCUGGCUUGGAAAUAGUAACUUGCUAUAAAAGGUAUUUGAGUGCAUAUGUGGAAAUUUGGAUAUGUUCUGGAUAUGAGAUUACAUUCAGAACUCAUUGUUAAUGUCUUAGGUCUGGUAAUCGUAUUUUGGUUAUUUGAGAAGAAUGCCUUUAUUCUUAGGAGAUACUUGUUAAGUUUUCGGCAUGAAAUUGUCAUAAUAUCUGCUAUUUACUUUCACAUGGUUCCAUAAGAAAUAAGUGAGUAUGUAGAUUAAGGGAAUUUAGCAACAUGUUAACAAUUUUGAAUUUAAAUAGUAGGCAUAUGAGUGUUUAUUUUAUAUUUUCAAUAUGCUUGAAAAUUUUCUCAAACAACAAAAUGGGCUUCCUAGAUUCAAAUAUUGACUGUGUCACUUACAAGUGAUAUGACUUUGGGUAAGUUUCUUGUUUAACAUUUCUCAGGGUCCAUAUCUGUAAAUUAGAUGUAAUAAUAAUAACCACAAAGUGUUGUUGUUGAGCUUAUUAAGUUACAUAUGUAUCAUAAAAAACACAUUGCUCUAAUAUGUAGCAUAUAAGUGCCCUACACAAACUAAAUGCUCAAUAAAUAUUAUUUUUUGUUUGUGAUGUUGUUUGUGUUGUUUGUGAUGUUGGUGGUGACUGUAAGAGUCAAUAUCUUAGUUUAAUGUUAUUGAUUCAGCAUAGAGAACAUUGUGGCAUGUUCUUAAACUUUUCGAUGGUAACUUGACUCUUGACUCAUGAAAGCUAUAGAUUCCCAGAAAACUUUACGUGUAAUUUCUGAGAUUUCUAGCACAUCCAUGCAUACCUGUUUGAGAAUGCCUUUUCUAGAAUUUCUUAUUUGGGAACCUAGGUGGCAUCUAAGAAUACCUUCAUUAUACUUUGAUUUGGAGAAAAAUUCAGUGGAUUUAAAUAAAGGCUUGGAAAGAAGUGAAUGAAAUGUUGGUCUGAGAGAGUUUAGUUUUGUAACCAACAUGUAGUCAGAUGAAUGUGUCCUCAUUAGUUUGGUUCUCUUCAGAGGAGAUAUCUUAGAACACUGUGUAUGUGUUGAGCCUAUUACUGUUCAGAACAUACUCUUAAGAACUCCCUUCAGAGCCUUAAAAUGAAUUAGUUUCUAGAAACAUCUGAAGUUUUCUGUAGCUUAUUCUGAUGUUAUCAAGUGAGUGAUUAAAAUGGAUAAUUCAUUUUUGAUCACAGAAGAGUGUGACAAGGAAGUGGUGGGAUGUCUUUUGCCCCUCUUUGUGGCUUAUGAUGCUGUUGGAAAUUUCAAAGGAAGAGUUUCAAAAGUAGUUUAAUGUGCUCAAACUCACCAAUCUCAAACUAUUGGUAAUACCGAUCUCUCUUAGUUUACCCUUUUGGGUGUGUUGGAUGUAUUUUCUCUGGGACUGUACCUUUAGUCAGUGACCCUAAAGUUAAGUGUUUGAGCCUGUGGUCUUAUGGACUUGAUUCAGGUAUUUUAACUCAAAAGCACAGUGGUAGCAUUUCCAAAAAUAGAUAAGUGACAGUAAAUCACUAAUGGCUGGCCGUCUGCUGGCUGCCUGUCCCAGCUCAGGACUUCAGAGGUAUAAAACUUCACUGAUAGUUAGGCAUAAUGGCGAAGAUUUUCUCAGAGCUGGUCCGUAUGGUAGGGUGGAGGCUUGAUUGUAGUGUUACUCUGUGUGUAGGCUGAUAAUGGAGGAUGUUCCAAGUUGGGGCGGGAUGGUGUCCAGGUAGAGGCCAGGCAGGCAAAGGGCUGCAUUUGUUACCUUUGUCUCUCUCAGCAACUAGUGACUCUGGACUCUCUGUCUGGGGUAAGAUGAGGUUGUGAUUCAAUGGUAAGUUGUAGGCCUGGAAGAGAGGCAUUUUGAAUAAAUACUGUUGGAUUUCAAAUCUUUCUUUGGACCUUCAGGAGGUGGUCAGUAAAUAUCUUGUGGGUCAGUGAAAGAAGGAGUGUUAGAUGAACGUGUUAAAGGUGAAUAAAAUCAGUAAAUAAAUAAAAUCAGUUCCUCUGGUCACAGGACUAGUGGAGGGUCAUUCAUGCUGGAAUGGAGAGUAGUGAGAUUUGGGGGAGGGGAUUGCAUAGGGGCUUGUUCCUAGGGCAGAGUUCUUAAGAACAGGUGUGUACAAGAGAUCAGAAUUGAGGAAGGAGAAGAUCGUAAAUCUCAUGAGGGCAGGAAACAUGUCGAUAUAGUUUGCUGCUAAAUACUUGAUGUAGUGCCUAGCAGGUAUGCAAUAUAAUAUUUCCUGAAUGAGUGAGAGUAUUGAGUAGAUGAAUAAAAGAGUGAAUGGGGAUGAUGAUGCAGGACAAAUCAGCAGUCUGGGGAGUUUUUUGGCUGGCUACUUGUAGAGUAACAGGUGGAAUGUUAAUAUUUUGGAUUUCCUCAGAAGCUGGUUCCUAGAUGUUUCAUUUAUCAGCAAGGGAACCUUCUGAUGGCUUAGUUCAAAUGAUAAUCAGUCUGUACAGCAGAACUGCAAAGUAAACACCUGUGUGUCCAUUUUAGAGGUGAGGAAACUGAGAUUCAGAGAUUUGAAGUAAAUUGCACACAGGUCCACAAACGGGAAGAACUUAAGAUCUCAACAUGGGUCUUUCAAUUCUUGAAUACAGUCUUCCUUUUUUACCUCAACAGUCUGUGCUAGAGACAGUUUGCUUUAGAAAUGGUUAUUAAAUAGUAUCUUUGUAUCCUAAUAGAGUGAUUAGUUAUUAAGCAUGAAAAAAUAAAUAGUGAAAAAUUCACAUCUCGACUAAUCGCUGUUACUCUACUUGCUCUGCUAGUCAUCAUUUGACUGAUUGAAUAAUGAAGAUGAUAAAGCUGAAUGAGUAGAACAAUUUGUGAUUUAAAAAAAACUGCACAAAACCCUCCAUUCUGCUUAAUGGACUGCAGUUACUAGAAAGAAAUGGAAACCCCAGUUAAUCUUAAUGUAGGCUACUUAUUUAGGAAGGGAGAUAUUUCGAAUUAAAUUAGCGUUUCCUUUGCAUUGUAUUGCUGGAGACAGUCUUCAUUUUACCCACCCAGCCCUUAAAUGACUAUUGCUGUAAGGAAGCCAGUCUUACUGAUAACUGAAUUAAAGAAAUUAAACAGAUACACACAAACAAACCCAAAAUAUGUCUGAGAAGGAUAUAGUCUUUUGGCUUUCAGUCAUUCAGUGAGGCAUUUGGCGGAGAUGGGUUCUACACAUAAAACUGUCAUGGUUUUCAGAAGUCAUUCCAAGACAGCAGAGUGGAAACAUGACAGACUCUGGAAAGAGACCCUUUCUCAGAUGAUGAGUAAUAUAUAUUUUAUACUCAUAUUAAUAUUUCAUUGGAGAGAAGGUCAAAAUCUACAUUUAAAUGGAAAUAUUUAAAAAGCAGAAGCAUAAUAUUUGACUAAGUGAAACACUCAGGGUUUUUCAAGAACACAGGCUGUACCCCUGGGACCUCAGCCUUCCAGAUCUGUUUGUUAGAGCUUGCUGGUGUAUCUGAAUUGCUUUAGUCUUGUGGGGAGAUCUUAUAGAUCUUAGUCCUGGUAUUUGGAGAUCUUAGUUUCUCCACUCCUCUUCCAUUUGACCCUGAAUUGUAUUACAUGUUACCUAACAUCAGGCCAUGCACAUGGCCUCACUUGGUCCUGUAAAGUUAUUUAAAUCUCUAGAAACUCAUUUUGCCGAUCCUGUGAAAUGGAUAUAAUAGGAUUGUGGAAAUGGACGUAAAUUGGGUCUUUUCAUUUGUAAGUAAUGGAAAACCCAACUAACAAAAUGUCUCAGCAAAGAGUCAGGAAUAGGGGGUCCCAGGGUUGAUUCAGAGACUCAAAGAUCUAAACUCUGUUCAUCUUUCAUUUUCCUCUUCCAUUUAUAGUGUGUUAGAUUUUACCCUUUGGCUUGUGACCUUGUGGCUAUAAGAUGGCUGCCAUAGUUCCAAGAAUAAUGUCUUCACAGCAUUCAAAACCAGAAGGAAUACUGCAGGAGCAAAAGAAUCUUACUGAAAGAUGUAGCACUUAAGCCUCAGGAACGUGUGGAGAAACACCAGACCCCUCUGACCAAGAAGAAACGAGAAGCACUUACCAACGGUUUGUCCUUUCACUCCAAGAAGAGCAGACUCAGCCACCCGCACCACUACAGUUCAGACCGGGAAAAUGACCGCAACCUCUGCCAGCACCUUGGGAAGAGGAAGAAGAUGCCGAAGGGUCUCCGACAGCUCAAGCCAGGGCAGAACAGCUGCAGGGACAGUGACAGUGAAAGCGCCAGUGGAGAAUCCAAGGGCUUCCACAGGAGCAGCUCUCGGGAAAGGCUCAGCGAUAGUUCAGCUCCUUCCAGCUUGGGAACAGGCUACUUCUGUGACAGCGACAGUGACCAGGAAGAGAAGGCGUCAGAUGCCAGCUCUGAAAAACUCUUCAAUACUGUUGUAAACAAAGAUCCGGAGUUAGGUGUUGGCACGCUACCUGAACAUGACAGCCAGGAUACAGGGCCGAUUGUCCCUAAGAUAUCGGGUCUAGAGAGAAGCCAGGAGAAGAGCCAGGACUGUUGCAAAGAACCAAUCUUUGAGCCCGUGGUGCUUAAAGACCCCUGCUCUCAGGUCCCACAGCCACUUUCCCAGCCCCAAGUGGAGCCGCAGCCCCGAGCUCCUUCUCCGGACCCUGACUUGGUGCAGCGCACAGAGGCCCCGCCUCAGCCUCCACGUCCAAGCACACGGCCAUCACAGGCGCCCCCAGAGGCCCAACUUCAGCCUGCCCCGCAGCCUCAGGUGCAGAGGCAGCCCAGGCCACAGUCCCCUACCCAACUGCUCCAUCAGAAUCUCCCGCCUGUGCAGGCCCACCCCUCGUCUCAGAGCCUCUCCCAGCCUUUGUCAGCCUACAACAGCAGUAGCUUAAGCCUCAACAGUUUAAGCAGUAGCAGAAGCAGCACUCCAGCGAAGACUCAACCCGCCCCUCCUCACAUCUCCCACCACCCCUCAGCCUCCCCAUUCCCCCUCUCACUGCCCAACCACAGCCCCCUGCACAGCUUCACGCCCACCCUCCAGCCCCCCGCACACUCACAUCACCCCAAUAUGUUUGCCCCUCCCACUGCUUUGCCUCCUCCACCACCUCUGACAUCAGGGAGUCUGCAGGUCCCCGGACACCCGGCCGGGAGCACUUACUCAGAGCAAGACAUCCUGCGACAGGAACUGAAUACACGUUUUUUGGCCUCUCAGAGUGCUGACCGUGGGGCUUCCCUGGGCCCUCCGCCCUACCUACGGACCGAGUUCCACCAGCACCAGCACCAGCACCAGCACACACACCAGCACACACACCAGCACACCUUCACACCGUUCCCCCACGCCAUCCCACCCACCGCCAUCAUGCCGACGCCAGCACCUCCCAUGGUGCGUACCCCAGGCAGAAAUUUUGACAAAUACCCUACAAAAGUUGACCCAUUCUACCGGCACAGUCUCUUCCAUUCCUACCCUCCUGCAGUAUCGGGCAUCCCCCCUAUGAUUCCGCCCACUGGUCCUUUUGGUUCACUACAAGGAGCAUUUCAACCGAAGACAUCCAACCCUAUCGAUGUUGCUGCUCGACCUGGGACAGUCCCACACACUCUACUCCAAAAGGACCCGAGGUUGACAGAUCCUUUCAGACCUAUGUUAAGGAAACCAGGGAAGUGGUGUGCUAUGCAUGUUCACAUUGCCUGGCAGAUCUACCACCACCAACAGAAAGUCAAGAAACAGAUGCAGUCAGACCCACAUAAGCUGGACUUUGGACUGAAACCUGAGUUCCUGAGCCGUCCUCCAGGCCCCAGUCUCUUUGGAGCCAUCCACCACCCCCAUGACCUGGCACGGCCUUCGACUUUGUUCUCUGCCACUGGUGCUGCACACCCAACUGGGACUCCUUUUGGGCCACCUCCUCAUCACAGCAACUUCCUUAACCCUGCUGCCCACCUUGAGCCUUUUAAUCGGCCGUCUACAUUCACUGGCCUAGCAGCAGUUGGUGGCAAUGCCUUCGGGGGACUUGGAAACCCUUCAGUUACACCCAACUCAAUGUUCGGCCACAAGGAUGGCCCCAGUGUGCAGAACUUUAGCAACCCUCACGAACCCUGGAACCGGCUGCACCGAACGCCUCCGUCGUUCCCGACCCCUCCGCCCUGGCUGAAGCCAGGGGAGCUGGAGCGUAGCGCGUCCGCUGCAGCUCAUGACAGAGAUAGAGAUGUAGAUAAACGAGACUCAUCUGUUAGUAAAGAUGACAAAGAAAGGGAAAGUGUUGAGAAGAGACACUCCAGCCACCCUUCACCAGCACCUAUCCUCCCGGUGAGCACCCUGGGACAUAACCGCAGCUCCACUGAACAGAUCAGGGGUCAUUUGAACACUGAGGCUCGAGAGAAAGAAAAAUCCAAAGAGAGGGAGAGAGACCACUCGGAAUCCCGUAAGGACCUGACUGCCGAUGAGCACAAGGCAAAGGAGGGCCACCUACCUGAGAAGGAUGGCCAUGGCCACGAGGGGCGAGCCGUGGGCGAAGAGGCCAAGCAGCUGGCCCGGGUGCCAUCACCCUACGUGCGGACCCCCGUAGUGGAGAGUGCCAGGCCCAACAGCACCUCGAGCCGCGAGGCUGAGCAGCGCAAGAGCGAGCCAGCCUACGAGAACCCCAAGAAGGGCUCAGAGGUCAAGGUGAAGGAGGAGCGCAAGGAAGACCAUGACCUGCCUCCGGAGGCCCCACAGACCCACCGGUCUUCAGAGCCACCUCCUCCAAACUCCUCGUCCAGUGUGCACCCGGGGCCCUUGGCUUCGAUGCCCAUGACGGUGGGGGUGACAGGAAUUCACCCCAUGAACAGCAUCAGCAGCCUGGACAGGACUCGCAUGAUGACUCCUUUCAUGGGCAUCAGUCCCAUCCCUGGGGGAGAGCGGUUCCCGUAUCCUUCUUUCCACUGGGACCCCAUACGGGACCCUUUGAGGGAUCCCUACCGAGAACUUGACAUCCAUCGGAGAGACCCGCUGGGCAGGGACUUUCUGCUGAGGAACGACCCUCUCCACCGUCUCUCAACUCCCCGGCUCUACGAAGCUGAUCGCUCCUUUAGGGACAGGGAGCCUCAUGACUAUAACCACCACCACCACCACCACCACCACCCUCUGUCUGUGGACCCUCGGCGGGAACAUGAGCGAGGGAGUCACCUGGAUGAGCGGGAGCGCUUGCACAUGCUCAGAGAGGACUAUGAGCACACGCGGCUCCAUUCUGUCCACCCUGCCUCCCUCGAUGGACACCUCCCCCACCCCAGCCUCAUCACCCCCGGACUCCCUAGCAUGCACUACCCCAGAAUCAGCCCCACCACGGGGCACCAGAACGGACUCCUCAACAAGACCCCGCCCACGGCAGCGCUGAGUGCGCCUCCCCCGCUCAUUUCCACGCUGGGGGGCCGCCCAGUCUCUCCCAGAAGGACUACUCCUCUGUCGGCGGAGAUCAGGGAGAGGCCCCCUUCCCACACUCUGAAGGAUAUUGAAGCUCGAUAAGGAGAGCGUAGGACACGGAGAGGAAGAAGAACCUACACCCACACAGCACCAGACUUUAACCAGAGGGCCCGAGCGAGCGAGCGAGCAGACUCCGGCUUCCUUAUUAACACAGACUGAGGGGCUCUCUGAGAGGUCCCCAACUCUUCCCUUGUAAAAAAUGUAUAGACUCAGUGCAGAUUUUGAAAUGUUUUUGUAUAUUAUACGUUGAAAUUUUUCAGAUCUUUUAGCCAAGUCAUAUGUUCUCAUGUCUCCUCCUCUUUUGGGUUGUCUUAUAAGACUUUUUGAUUUGAACCAAAACAGUGAAGAUGACAACACACACCAAUUUGUUAAUAAUUGGGGGGAAAAGAAACAGUCCACACAAUCCAUCAGGCAAAGCUCUUUCAGAUGAGAAGGGAAGGCCGUGUACAUAGUUAUGUAAAAAAAGAUUGCUUCAUGAGCUAAUGGUUCAUAUAUGCAAAAGGGUAAGAUGAAAGCUUUACUUUGUACAAAUGUAAAUAGAUAAAGAUUAAGUAACAUAAUACAUUAAUACUUCUUAAAAUGUGCUAUUUGCAAACUUAAUUAUCAGUGAACACAGUUGGCUAUGGCUGUGUUCCCAUAUAUCGUUAUAGACAGCUAAACCCUUCAACUAUGCAAUGAAUGUUAGGGCUUUUCACAAAAGCCUGCCUAACUCAAAGGAGCCUUUUCAAAUCCAUUUACAACAUACUUAAGGUCAUAUUUUCCCUGAACAAGCGCUUACGUGAUAUGACUCUGUUUUCCUUGCUUGUUUUUUCAAAUGGAGAAACAUCCUAUUUUGCAAAUUGGACCCCAGGCUGAAACUUUGCAUCUGAAGUUGCUGCUUGUGGGCUCUGGGGGUAGAGUACAGCCCCGGAAAGGUAACUGAGGACAUGAGCAACCAGUGCCAGGGAGGAUGGGAGUUGUCAGAUGCCAGAAUCAGGGGACACAGACAGGUCGCCAGCAUCUCGUCACCAUCAGUCACGUGAUUUCACACACACCUCAUGUGGGAACCAUGCGUUUUUUAGUGUGUCCUCUUUCAUAUCUGUACACACCUCCUCGUUUUGUAAUGAGAUUUAAUUACACCCAAACAGAUCCUGAAAGAAAGCUUCAAGUUUUCUCAGAUGAUGGAUAUGUUUUCACUGUGUGCGGUAACUGAUGGAUUUAAGGUGCACAUUUCCUAAUGUGACUUGUAUUCCAGGUGGUGAGAAAGUCUGGGAAUAGCCGUGACAGUCAGCCACGUGGAGCCGUGGAGAGUUACAGAGGGUGAGAGGUGGCAGAGACAAAGUCUUGCGUGUGCGUGUGUUUUUAAGUUUGCAUCAAUCUUAAUGUCUCUUCAUAAUACUUUUAUAAUACAUUAAGCCUCUUGUCUACAUAUUUGGAGAGAAUAUGACUUUACUAGCAGAGAAAUACAAUAUAUCUUGUCUACUGGACUGUAAAAUAUAUGUAUGAAAUAAAAUUAGUUCCAUUUGGUCUUCUAGUAUAUUAAAGUGCUAUCUGACGUUGUUAUCCUGUUUUUGCAAAAAAAAAAAAGUUAACUACAGACCAUUGUUUCUAAUAAGCAGAGAGAUCUAUUUUAGUAGUAAACUGAAGGUUUAGUUGUGAGCUUCAGAUUUUGUGAACUCCAGAUGUUGUGCAGUGUUUUGUUUUUUUUUUAAGACAACAACUAAAAAGAAAAAAAAUCCAAGGAAUAUGUACACUGGAACUGUAGUGGUAGCUUUCAGUAUUGUAAAGAGAUUGUUCUAUCCAGACCUUUUUGCUGUUUAUCCUGUAUGUAAUAAAGUCCUUUCUAGAUCCUCUGUGGAAAGAAAAGUGAAGCGACUGGAUCUUCAGCAUGUUCUCAUCGGCGGAGCCUCUUGUGUAAUGUAAACUGUGCCAUGUUAUUAAAAAAUGUGAACUAA